UUUAAUGCCAGGAGUAUCCGGAAUAAGUACUUCAGACCACUGAACCUUCGCGUUUGUCCAGUGAGAGUUGAUGUGUGGGGUGUAGACCCAUUCAGAGUGGAUUUGGAUGCUUCAGUCACCCUGACUCGAUUUCUCAGCUGGCGGUCGAAUCGGCUGAAUCGUAGAAUUGUGAAUGACAAUGCCCAGCUCCUUAUAGGCCACACUUUUCAAAAUGGGAUAGAUGGAGCUUCAACAAUACGGAGUAUCUGCUCAAUGAUUAGUUCUGGAGGAGUGAACUCGGCAAACAGUGAUGAUUUAUCCCGUAUUGUUGCGACUGUGGCCCAUUCAAUGGGACACAAUCUCGGAAUGCUGCACGAUGAUGGUCGAACCUGUGCCUGUCCACAACCCUCCUGUCUGAUGAAGGCAGUAAAGAGGAGUGUGAAGACGCCUGCUGUGAGGCUGCAACAUGUAAACUCAAACCUGGGGCGCAAUGCUCAUCCACUGAGCUCUGCUGUGAAGACUGUAAGUUUCUUCCAAUGGGAACAGUUUGUCGACCGUUGAGCAAUGAAUGCGACUUGGAAGAGUAUUGUUCAGGGAUCUCCUCAUAUUGCCCCGACAAUGUAUAUCUAAAAGAUGGCUAUGAGUGUGAAGGUGGGACCUUGUACUGCAGUAGUGGAGCUUGUCAGGCUGCGAACAUCAUGUGUGAGGAGA